AUGGUUCGACUAGCUCAGCACGUGCAUGCUGCUCAUCGUUUCAGCGCUGCUUGUCCCACCACUAGCAGCACCGCUCUGCACUCUCCUCGAGAUCUGCACCACGCCAUCGAAGCGCACGACGUAGAGUACGUUCGUCGCAUCAUGAAACAGAUGCGCAAUGCCAAUGGCGGCACAAAAGGAAAGCCAGGAAGUCCGGAAUAUCGCGUCAUAGGAUUGGACGGUAUACCGGUCGAUCCGGCCAACGAAGCUGGAGAGUUGAGGGACUUUGCUGCUGCUGAGGAGGAGGAUGAGCAUGGGCCGGUGGGACGCUUGGCGGCCAGAGUCAGACGCAGACUUGCCAAGAGAUCGGGAGAUGGGAGAGUGGUCGACGAUCAACUCAUGAGUUGGGUCACACCGCUCGUCACUGAAGACGCUGUGCAACAGGAAGAUGCGUGGGAAGAGCGCAAGUGA